GCGGGGCCCGAGCCGGGGGGAGCGGGCGAGCGGAGGCGCCGAGGAUCCGAUUCACUCGCUGGGGAGACCUAUGGGCCGAAGCCGUGUAAAUGCGUUUUAAGGCGAGUGCGGGGAGUGGCUCGGGGAGCCUCCGGGGGCGGACGCCCUCGGCUCCAGUGCUGACCUGCCCCCGGCCCCCUUGCCUCCUCUCAGCAGGGGCCUCGGCUCCGCAACUGCCACUCCUCCUUGGGGUGUUGCACAAGUUUCGAGGUCACCGGCGACCCCCCCUAGCAGCGCGCCUGGCUCUGGCCCCCGCGAAGGAGGACGGGGCUUGUGUGUUGCAUACUUUCUAAGGCGGCGGGGCGGCGGGGCAGCGGCUCCAUCCAGCCCGAAACGGCUCCUCCUCCUCGGCAUGGCUGGCUACUUGAGCGAAACAGACUUUGUGAUGGUGGAGGAGGGCUUCAGCACCCGAGACCUGUUGGAGGAGCUCACUCUGGGGGCCUCACAGGCCACCGCGGGUGAUGUUGCUGCCUUCUUCGUGGCCGACCUGGGUGCUGUGGUGAGGAAGCACUUCUGCUUCCUGAAGUGCCUGCCCCGAGUCCGGCCCUUUUACACGGUCAAGUGCAACAGCAGCCCAGGUGUGCUGAAGGUCCUGGCUGAGCUGGGGCUGGGCUUCAGCUGUGCCAACAAGGCAGAGAUGGAGUUGGUCCAGCGUAUUGGCGUCCCUGCCAGUAAGAUCAUCUACGCCAACCCCUGUAAGCAAAUUGCACAGAUCAAGUACGCCGCCAAGCACGGGGUCCGGCUGCUGAGCUUUGACAAUGAGAUGGAGCUGGCAAAGGUGGUAAAGGGCCACCCCAGUGCCAGGAUGGUUCUGGGCAUUGCUACUGAUGACCGUCACUCCCUGAGCCCCCUGAGCUUCAAGUUUGGAGCGUCGCUGCAGUCCUGCAGACACCUGCUUGAAAACGCCAAGAGGAGCCACGUGGAGGUAGUGGGGGUGAGUUUUCACGUUGGCAGCGGCUGUCCUGACCUUCACGCCUACGCUCAGUCCAUCGCAGACGCCCGGCUUGUGUUUGAGAUGGGCGCUGAGCUGGGCCACAGGAUGCAUCUCCUGGACCUUGGUGGUGGCUUCCCUGGAUUGGAGGGGGCCAAAGUGAGAUUCGAAGAGAUUGCUUCUGUGAUCAACUCAGCCUUGGACCUGUACUUCCCAGAGGGCUGUGGCGUGGACAUCCUUGCCAGGCUGGGGCGCUACUACGUGACUUCGGCUUUCACCUUGGCUGUCAGCAUCAUCGCCAAGAAGGAGGUUCUUCUGGACCAGCCUGGAAGGGAGGAGGAAAGUGGUUCCAUCCCCAAGACCAUCGUGUACCACCUCAGUGAGGGCGUGUAUGGGAUCUUCAACUCAGUCCUGUUUGACAACACCUGCCCUAUCCCCAUCCUGCAGAAGGGAAGCGCUUCGAGGGCAGCUGCUGCCUACAGAGCAGGACGAGGACACCGAGGGCCUGUGCAAGCCUCUGUCCUGUGGCUGGGAGAUCACAGACACCUUAUGCGUGGGCCCUGUCUUCACCCCGGCGAGCAUCAUGUGAGCGGACCCCGUUUCCCCCCCGGAGAACUCCAGCGGGGCCGCAGAGAUGCCUCUGGGAGACGUGAGGAAAGCAGCAAGCAGGGACACCCUCUGGCCAGGACUCUGGUGCUCGCUCUGCUUCCCCGCACGCUCCGCCUGUAGUGUUUCUGCCCUGUAAAUAGGACCAGUCUUACACUCGCUGUAGUUCAAGUAUGCAACAUAAAUCCUGUCCCUUCCAGCUGUGUCUGCCUCCUCUGCAGCGCAUGGGGCCUGGUCAGCCAGGUGUGGGGUGUUCUCGGGGUCUCCCUUGGUCUCCUUCCCACCUUUGUAAAUAUGAAGCAAAUAAAUAUUUAGGUUUUUUUUUUAAUACUCCAGUGGAAUCUAGCAGCUCAAUUCACAAAGCAGCCUGGGCGAGACCAGGGCCGAGACUUUCCCACCCAAUAUGGAUGACCCCAUGCCCUCUGCUUCAGUCCUGACCCAGCUGUGGUGUGGGCAUCUCCCGUGGCACCCGGCUUCUCUGACUCACCUCUAUGCUCUGCAGCAGCUGCCAUGCCUGGGGUCAUGAGGAAGAGUGAGGUGUCAGGGCUGGAGGCGGGGGUCAGAGCUGCUGUCCUUUGGCCCUAGAGCUGUAGCUCCCUGCUGGUUGAGGGGCCUCUAUGGAACCCAAGACCCAGCCUAAGGCCUGGCCCAAUGUGGGGGCAAAGAGCAAAGAGAUGGGUGUCAGAGAUGUUCUGAAGACACACCUUGCACCCUUAGCGUCCUUGCAGGUAUGUAAGGCAGUAAGAGUAAUGCAGAGAUGGGGAGGCUGGUUUUGCUUAUCCAGGCAAUAACUACCAGAGCAGGGCUGGCCACAGAGCACUGCCACGUCCAGUGCUGAGGGGCCUGAUACUGAUGUCUCCUCAACUGGAAGUUCAAUGUCACUGCUGGGGUCCGAGGCAAUGCACCUGCGGGGAGUGAGCUGCUUAGCUAGGAGUUCCCCUAGCUGCUACAGGGGCCCUGAAAAAUUUUUCUUCUGUAAUUAAGAAAAACUGAAAUACAAAACUCACAUGCCUUAAAACCCACCCGUUCCAAGUACAGAAUUCAUGGUUUUUAGUAUACUGAAUCUGUACAACCGUCACUACUGUCCAAUCCCAUGUUCAUUACCUUGAAGAGGAAGCCUGUGCCCAUUAGCAUUCACGCCUCACUUUCCCCCUUCCCCCAGGUCCUGGCAGUCACUACUCUACUGCCCACCGCUGUGGAUUGGGCUGUUCUGGACGUAUCAUUAUGAAUGUUUUUAUACCCUCACUUGAGCUUCUGUCUGGGUAAGCCUGGUACAUGGGGUUUUUUCCCACACUGCCAAGCAAUUCUCCGACACCAGCUGGGUGUCCCUCAGUUCAACUGGAUUCUGACACUAUCUGCCCAGAGACAGCUUUAGAUUCCACAGGUCAGGGGCUCAGUCCUACAAGACUGCCCCACUCUCCCCCUACUUCAGACCCUGAUCUCCAAGCCCAGGUCGUGACCUGUGUUUGGACCAACAGGUUAUAGAUUGGAGGUUCCAAUAACCCAUUUCUUUGGGUUUAAUGAAUUUGCUAGAGUGACUCAUGGAACUCAGGGUAACCCCUUCCUUACUAUGUUCCUGUUUUAUGAUGAAAGGAUGUAACUCAGGAGAGCCAGAGAAAGAGCUGCACGGGGCAAGCCCUGGUGAUGGUGCAGAGCUCCAGUGCCCUCCCCAGGCGUCAGUCUCCCAGCAUCCCCACGUGUUCACCAGCCUGGAGGCUCCCCAAACCCUGUCCUGUGCAGCUUUUAUAGAGGCUUCAUUACCUCGGCAGGACUGAUUAGAUCAUUGGCAUCGGCGGCUGAACUUGAUCUCCUGCCUCCUUCCCUCCCCAGAGCUGGAGGGUAGGAUAUAACAAAAGACACCUUUGUCACCUCGUCACUUAGGAAAUUUUAGGAUCUCCCUGCCAGGAAUGGGGAUGAAAACAAAGCACAUGUCUGUUAUUGAAAGUCACGAUAUCAUACCUGGUCCACCAGUUCCAGCGUCUCAGCCAGUCCUGGGUCCUGCGUUUAGCUCUGAGGUCCCCUCACGAGGCAACAUGUUCUGAGUGAACUGGGUGCUUGUCAAAAUCAGAGAUGCCUUUUCUGGGCUGAGCCUAGUUUGUGGUACUUUGACAAUAAGCAGGCUGAAAGGUCAGGACCCCCAAGAGACAGCCAGGAUCCCUGUAUUGCCCGCUGGUUCUUAACGCACCACCAGGUUUUUGCAUCUUACCAUGCCAGGCUCUGGCCUCGUGCGUGAGGCUGUUUUGAAGACUUCUCGUGUUUUGAUGCUUUUUUGAUGCCAAGCAGAUUGGGACCUGCUCAUGCUUGUUUGGUGGAGAGGGAAGGAGGGCAGACACAGGUUCUGCCGGAACUGGCCAUCUGCUUCCAAAGGCAGCAGAUGUGCUGCUAAGCGCGCUGGCUGCAGGGAGAUCCAGGCAUAACUCAUUGCCUUGUCUACGACCAGUUCGCUGGGGAGAGGCUUCUGUGGCUUUUAAAGUGACAGCAGCUGGCACGGAGUUGGAACAGAUUUCUCACUGGAGCCUUUCAAAUGUUUCACGUUCCAUUUGCAGCAAGAGUGUGAAAUUUAUACUUUUCUGAGAAACACAGAAGUUGCUGUAACUUGCUUGAGAAUAAUAAACAGUCAUUUCAGUUGU